GACGUGUUUCAUUUUGUAAAGAGAACUGAUUAUAUAACAUUUUCACCAUGAAUACCUCCUCAAACAUCAGCAGUAUGGAUUAUCCGGAACCAGACGAUAUCGUAAAAGUGUUCUCAAAAAUACAGAAGUAUUCGAAUCCCGUUUUUUGUUUCGUGGGAUUAAUCGGGGGUAUUUUGGCUCUGACUGUGUUCCUUAACAAGUCUCAGCGCUCCACCUCAUGUUGCCAGUACCUGGCCGUCCGAUCGGUUUCUGACAUCGGUUUCCUCAUCUCUCUCAUCAUCGUAUGGAUUACAGACGUAUUCGACGCCACUAUUUUCAACUCACCUGGAGUUUGUCAAAUGACGAUCUUUCUUUCUUAUAUUUGUGGAUUUUUAUCGGUGUGGUUUGUUGUGAUAGUUACGGCAGAAAAUUACAUUCGAAUUUGCCAUCCCUUUUCUGUAUCAAAGUACUGUACGACAAAGAUAUCUAAAAUCAUCAUCAGUAUAUUCUUGUUAUUGGCCCUUGCGUUGUAUAAUUUUCCGCUUUGGACAUUGGAUGUUUCUGAAGGGCACUGCAAGGGGAUAGCCCGUUACGACGAACUAUUCCAAAUGUUUAUUCACAUGGACACAGUGUUAACUCUUAUCCUUCCGGCUCUUCUGAUAACAUUUCUCAUGGUUGCCAUAACAUUUAGUUUAGCUAGGAGCUAUCAUCGCCUGGGAAGACUUAAAGGAAAACGCACCCAGAAGAAGAAAUCUAGAAAGUCGAAUCAUUCCAAAGUUACGAAGCUUUUGUUUACAGUGUCUCUCGUGUUUCUGGCUCUGAAUCUUCCAAGUCACGUGAUCCGAACCAUGAUGACCUUAUCGAGAUACAUUAUGAAUCGUUCUCACUUUACGACGACCGAAUUGGUUCUGCAGAAACUAUUUUACACUUUAUAUUACCUAAGUUAUGCCAUCAAUUUAUUUAUAUACCUAUUUUGCGGUACGAAAUUCAGAAAAAACUUUCAUGAAAUGUACAUCGAAUGUUUUGCAAAAAGCUGUAAAAGGGCGAAAGAAAAGAAAACGAAUUUUCAUUGUACUCGACAAGUAAACCGUACGCACGCAAAAGAAGAAGGGGGUGAUAUUGUUGACUUGUGAGGUUUUAAGUUGGGUAUAGUUGUUCAGAACAAUUAAGCGUCUUGAAAUAAACCUCUUAAAAAGAAAUCGAGUGGGUCUCACUACCUCCAAGUACGUGUAUGCGAAUACGAAGAGGAAGAAUGCGACAAAACAAACUGUUUUUCUUACAUUCGUUAAUGACUAAAUAAUCGUGUGUAUUAGUAUUCAAUGAAUUAUUUUGGCCAUCAAUUUUGUACCUCAUCGAAAUGAAAAAAAAACAAAAACAACGAUGACUCUGGCAACAAGACAGGAAUAAUAUAAAAACGACUUGAACCAUUUCAUCAAUUCUACGUUUUCUUCAACUUUGUAACAAUCAUAUGAAAUAUUUCACUAUUCCUAACGAAAAUUACCUGUCGUAUGUAGUCAUUAAGAACAGAAUGAUGAGCUUAUUUUGAGUAUGCACAUGUAAGAUAUCUUUAAUUAAUUUGAGCAUUAAUUUUCUCUCUGCAAAUUUGACAUUUGAUAAUAAUUGGUAAGUUACCUGUCAUCUUUUCAAAAUAUAAGGUUGCUAUCAAACAUGUAGAGACUACUUGAAUCUACUUGAUUGUUGUGUAUUUGAACAAAUGUACUGUCUUUAACUGUAAAUAAAUAUUGGA